UAUACCUACUUACAUAACGGUAGACUACCUAACUUUACUAAUUUGCAUAAUUUUUAUUUAUAGUGUUAAAAAUUGAUUAUGCAAGUAUUUGCACCUAUCCGACCACCCAAACUUGUGCGCUGUAUACAUUCACUUCAUUAAUUCCAUUUGGCAUAUAGGUUUAAAAACCUUAAGUACGAGUUUACUUCCUGUCUGUUCCCAAACUUCAGCCGAUAUAAAUAGUGUAAAUCUGUUCUCUAUAAUCAGUCACAGUCAGAACCCGACGAAAACACAUCAACAAUGGCAUCCAAGUUCGUAGUCCUCGCUCUCUUCGUAGCGGUCGCCCACGGCAGCGGCCUCAACGGCUACAGCAGCAGCAGCUUCUCCUACGGAGUAUCGGACCCCUACACCGGCGACGUCAAGAGCCAGACCGAGAACCGCGUCGGUGACAACGUUGUUGGGCAAUACUCUCUGUUGGAAUCCGACGGCACCCGCCGUACUGUGGACUACGCAGCUGAUGCACACAACGGUUUCAACGCUGUUGUCCGUAAAGACCCGGCUGUGAUCGCCGCUCCCGCUGUUGUCUCCGCUCCUGCUGUUGUUGCCGCCGCUCCUGCCAUUGCCGCCGCUCCCGCUGGUUGGGGAUACGCCGCACGUACUGUUGCCGCUGCCCCCGCCGCUUCCUGGGGAUACGCCGCCGGCGUAGCGCCCGUAGCCUACGGUGCUGCUGCCGCUCCCCUUGCCUACAACUCCUACGCCGCCUCUCCUCUGGCCUACAACUCUUACUCCGCUCCGCUCGCCUCUGGUGUCGUCGCCGCUCCCGUCGGUGGUGCUAUCGGCUACGGUGCCCACGGUAUCGCUCGUCUUGGCUGGUAAUCCAUUAGGACUUAGGAGUUCUUCGAAGUGCUGUGAUUUGUUUGUAAAUAUGAAACCUCCGCGAAAGAAAAUUAAAUUGGAUAUUAUUUAAAUACAUUUUGUUUUACUGC